AGACUAGUAGAUUCUAGAGGCCAGUCUGUAGUCAUUCUCAAGGACACGACCCGCUUCAUUUCGGAAGCUCCCCACUCCCAAGCACCAACUCCCUAGGACUAUCCUUUUUGAGCAGUUCUAGUAAAAGUUUUUGACCCGCAAAUCCACCCCCUCCUCUCUCUCUCUCUCUCUCUCUCUCUCUCUCUAAGCCCCCACAGCUACCAAGCUCUCUCUCUCUCUCUCUCUCUCUCUCUCUCUCUACACUGGAUCUGUAACUGGAUCAGAACAGUAAUCUCUCUCCAGCUGUACUCCGUCUAGGGUUUAGGGUUUCCACCACCGCAAAAAAAAAAAAAUGUCUCAGACCGGUAAAUUGAUGCCGAAUCUGGACCAGAACAGCACCAAAGUACUCAACCUCACCGUCCUCCAGCGAAUGGAUCCCUACAUCGAAGAGAUCCUGAUCACAGCCGCCCACGUCACCUUCUACGAAUUCAACAUCGAUCUCAACCAAUGGAGUCGCAAGGACGUGGAGGGGUCUUUGUUUGUGGUCAAGAGGAACACUCAGCCUCGGUUUCAGUUCAUUGUCAUGAACCGGCGAAAUACAGAUAACCUUGUAGAGAACCUCCUUGGUGAUUUUGAGUUUGAGCUUCAAGCUCCAUAUCUUUUGUACCGGAACGCUGCCCAAGAAGUUAAUGGAAUUUGGUUCUACAAUCAGCGGGAAUGCGAGGAAGUUGCAAACCUCUUCAAUAGGAUACUCAGUGCAUACUCAAAGGUCCCUUCGAAGCCAAAAUCUCCAAAUAAAAGUGAGUUUGAGGAACUUGAAGCAGUCCCAACCACUGCAGUGAUUGAAGGGCCACUGGAACCAUCAUUUACUGCCCCCACUUCCGCUGAUGUCCCUGAAGAUUCUUCCUUUGUGAACUUCUUUAAUACGGCUGUGAAUAUCGGUAAUAACACUCCCGGUAUAUUACACUCUGGACAACCCUACCAUAUUUCUCCCAACCUUCCUUUAUCAACUCACAUUCCUAGUGUUGCUCCCUCCCCUAUUCCGGUCCUUAAUGUGCCAUCUGCUCCUUACUCAGCUUCAUCCGCACCUCUGGUCCCACUACACGACACCCCUGACUCAAUUAACAAUCGGGUCACCAAUCUCGUCAAGCCCUCUUCUUUCUUUACUCCCCCUUCUUCUUCUGCCCCUGUGUUGAUGACUCCACCUCUAUCUUUAUCUUUUCCAACUUCGUCGUUUCAUCCCCCUUUGAAUCAACAACAACGUCCCCAUGGUACUCCGGUGCUUCAACCCUUUCCACCACCCACACCCUCGCCAUUACUAACUCCUGCUUCUGCUAUGGCUCCGAAUCACGGGCCAGCUAGCAGAGAGAAAGUUCGCGAUGCGCUUCUAAUGCUUGUUCAGGACAAUCAAUUCAUCGACAUGGUCUACCAAGCAUUGCUGAAAGUGCACCAAUCGUGACUGCUACAACAUCGAGUUGGGUUAUGUCUAUAGACCAAGAGAGUACAUGAUGCAUGUAGGAUCGGAUCUGUACAUAUGUUGUUUACUCGCCUCAUGUGAUUGGAAGUUACUACGCUAAUCCUCUUUGAAGAUUUCACCUGCCUGGUUUGUUCAAUAUGUUACAUUUCAUUACCUUUUUCUGCGCUGUUGAAAUCUGAUGUUUGGUAUAGCAGACUUGGGUAAUCCCAAUUCCAGUUGAUUAGGGCAUUCCAAAUGCAUGAUGUCAGUUCUGUAGAGUUUUCUGGACUCAGCUAGAAAAUAAACUUGUCUGGAGUAGAUUUUGCAUGUUUGACAAUUUCCAAAUUUUGGUAAUUUCUGUUUUUCUUUUUCUGGAUUUAUGUAAGUGGAACUGUGAAAUGCAAAGAAAAGGGUGGGGUUAUUGGGUCUUUA